GCAAUUACUUUGUAGGAGUUGCUUCAAGCCGUGAAAUCAGUCACAGGUUGCACUGUUUUGCAGCGUCUCAGAGCGAGGGUCUUUGGUGAGAGCGGUUCACUGUCGCUGUAGGACCAGUGUACCUCAUUGUGCGUUGACAUUGCGUCGUCAGACACAUAGGCUAGACAUAAAGAGCUUGAGUGCCUGAAUUUAAAUCAUUCUUGGCCGACUGUACAUGCAGAUUGCACUUAGUUCAGCAUGGUCAAGAAAUUGUUAUAAAGGUUGUAGAGACCAAAGUGCGCGGAGAAAAAAUGGAGAGAGAAACGACAUCUUUGAAGCAGCAAUAUUGCUGCACAACAGUUAUGAACGUUAUCUCGUCUUUAUUCUCUCUAGCGUCCCUUGCCUUUUGCAUAUUAUUAAGUGUACAAACAUCAGCGAUCACGGACAGGGUCCUGGAUUUGGAAACUGGACAUGGCGAGCAAAUCUUUCACAGGGUCCCCAGUUUUUCUGUGGAUCAGUUUAAUUCAUUGAUUCAAGAGAGAGUGGAUGAGCUCCUGUCACAGCGCUCCUAUGAAAAUUUAUCGAAGAUACGGAUUGCCCGACAAGUUAGCCAUACUCCUGAUUGCAACUGUCCCCCAGGCCCGCCAGGAAAGCGGGGAAGAAGAGGCCGGAAUGGUGAACCUGGACCUCCUGGUCCUCCUGGUCUACAGGGUGACAAGGGGGAUCAAGGCGACCAAGGACCGCGGAUGGUCUUCCCUAAGAUCAAUCAUGGCUUUCUUUCUGCUGACCAGCAGCUCAUAAAGCGGCGGCUUAUUAAGGGAGAUCAGGGUUCGGCAGGUCCACCAGGGCCUCCUGGACCCCCAGGUCCCCCUGGCCCCCGAGGGCCACCAGGGGACACAGGCAAGGAUGGGCCCCGGGGAGUGCCAGGUCUGCCGGGAGAUCCCGGGACCCCAGGAGAGCUAGGACUAAUGGGACCUGAGGGGCCACCAGGACAAAAGGGUUCCCUCGGACCUCCUGGCAUCCCAGGUGUUGAUGGGCUGAAGGGUGAAAUGGGAGAGCGAGGUGAAAAGGGUGACAUGGGAGAAGAUGGGCAUAAAGGUGAAGUCGGGGAGAAGGGUGAUGCAGGCUCCUCUGCUGCAGGCAUUAAGGGUGAACCAGGAGAGUCAGGACGUGGGGGAUCAAAGGGAGAGCCAGGACUUCCAGGGCUGCCUGGACUUCCCGGGAUUAAGGGUGAGCCUGGAUUCCUAGGACCUCAGGGAGAACCGGGGCUCCCAGGACUACCAGGAACCAAGGGCGAGCGAGGGGAACUUGGCCCACCAGGCAAGGGAGAGCGGGGCGAGACUGGACAGGCCGGUCAAAAGGGAGGGCCAGGAGAGGCAGGGAACCCAGGCACUAGAGGUUCAAAGGGAGAGACAGGAGACAAGGGAGACCUGGGCUCUAUGGGACCAAGGGGACCCCCUGGGCAGAAAGGUGACCAAGGAGCCACAGAAAUCAUUGAUUACAACGGGAACAUCCAAGAAGCUUUACAGAAGAUUACCACUAUUACAGUGACGGGUCCCCCUGGGCCUCCUGGACUAUCAGGACCAGCGGGAAUCAAGGGAGAUCAAGGCAUGCCUGGCCUCCCUGGACUGGACGGUGAAAGCGGUUUCAAAGGUUCCAAAGGAGACAUGGGAAUCCCUGGCACAUCUGGAGAUAAAGGAACUGUUGGCUUAUCUGGUUCACCAGGCGUCAAUGGAUUGAAAGGAGAUAAGGGUGAUUCUGGUCUGCCUGGUCCUGAAGGGCCCUCAAUUGUUGGCCAACCUGGAGCACCUGGGCCCCAUGGACUCCCAGGCCCCAUGGGACCCCAUGGCUUCCCUGGACCAAAGGGGGAGGCUGGGAAUCAUGGUCUGAAGGGAGUACGCGGGGAGUCAGGGCACAAGGGGGACAGAGGACCUCUGGGCCUCCCCGGAGCCUCCGGCUUGGACAGCAAGCCUGGAAUUAGGGGUAUGGACGGGCCUGUUGGUCCCUCCGGUCCAGCCGGGCCAAAGGGGGACAGAGGUGAGAGAGGAGCUGCAGGUGAACUCGGGCCAAGGGGACCUUAUGGACUUCCUGGAGCGGCUGGAACACCUGGCCUUGAUGGGGAGAAGGGAAAGAAGGGGAAAAAGGGGCCUAAGGGGGAGAAAGGAGAACAGGGUGCCCCUGGAUUAGAUGCACCCUGCCCAUUGGGGUUCCGGGGCUUUAAGGGUGAAAAGGGAGAACCGGGGCAACCUGGUCUGGAUGGGCUGGAUGCCCCGUGCCAAUUGGGCCCAGACGGACUACCAAUGCCUGGUUGUUGGCAAAAGUGAUCAAUCUAACCCGAAAAGCAUGGUUUGUAAAAAAAAAAUGAAAAAAAAAUGUUGUUGGGGUAUUUAUAAUUAUUUUUAAUGGAUCUAUGUGUACCAUGAAAAAGAGCAAAGGUCCAUCACUCCUAGCUGCUUCUACUCACCUCGCUCUGUGUCACUCUCACAUCAGCAUCUUGGAGUUCAGAUCUUGAACUUGCACACACACAAUGAUGUUUAGUCCCAGUCCUUGCAUGACCAGAGUGCUCGGGCACAGAUUGGAACGUCAUGGCUAAUUCGGAUUCAAGGGGAGUAAAGAGGUUGUGACAACAGAGGAUGAGGAGAAGGAGGCGUUGGAGGGAUCUGAACUGGCUCUUAACAGCUCUAGCUCUCGCGUUCACCAUCCAUUAAUGCCAUACUACUAGCUUAAAAGACUCCAUCCCAACAAAACACCCUCCACACCCCCCAAAAAGCAUGAGGACUGUCCCAAACUAUAUUUAUAUGUAUUAAUAUACAUAUUUGAUUGUUGUGUGGUCGAAUUGUAUGGCUUCAGCAAAACACUAUCUGGCUGUCAAUCUUACCUACUCAAAAAAGAAAGCUCAACAUUUUUGGUUUUAUUUGUUUCUUUUUCUUUUAAUGUUCCAAAGGGAGUCACGCCUUGGCUGGUGGCUUGACAAGAAUUGUUCCCCAGGAAGUAAAGUUGGGUUGAUUUUCWUUAUUGUGGUGAGAUCUGCAAUGGGUCAAUAGAUGCAGGUCUUCACAGUUGCACUUGUCUUGAGUCCCAGGGCCCAUUCCCUUUCAACGGCCACUUGUUAUUGGACUCGGAGAAGAGUGUUAGAGCUCAAUGCACUGUGCACAGCCAAUCGGAAAAGCGCUAGGCUGACAAGGACUUCGGAUUGAACAGACCUGUUUGGGAUCCCUUGGAUUAGGGGAGACAGUGGGCCUCGGCAGAGAGAUUACAAUCAUCUCUCCUGCCAAUCAAGGAGUGCCUGCCUGUAACAAUGUUACAGUCACAACACUACAAGGUCAACAGGGUCAAUGGAAUUCUGCCUUUUUUAGUUGAAGUUUGUUCUUCUACUUACUUUAAAAAAAUGUUUUAUAGCCUUUGGUGCCUCAAGCUUUUGUUCAUUCCUUUCCUUUUUAACCUGCUUUGAGUAAUUGGAAUGGUGUUUAUUGCGGAAUGGCAACUUCUUGUCAAUUGUUGAAGUAUAAAAGCACCUAUUUUGUGCACUGUUAGUAUGUAUUGAACGUUGAUAUUACUGGGUGUUAAUAAUAUGGCAUGUACAUUAUGUAUUCAAAUGAACAUAAGCUUCUAUGUAACAGAAAGGGAAUUUCAGUUGGUAGCAAAGAUGAUUACACAGCAUCAGCUUUUACACUGAUUUGCAAAAACCAAGUUUUAUAAUAUUAUAAUAACACUUGUUCAUUGCUGGCCAUUAAGUGGAAAAUACAGUCGGUGAGUUACAAUGUGCUUCACUGCAAGUUUAUUGUAUCUUUACAUUUAAAUGCAGUGUUUAUUUUCAGUAAUAUGUCUGCAACAAUAAGAUUUUUGAACAUUAUGACCUGGUAAUUGUAUGGUACAUUUGCAGGUAAAAAUACCUUUCGGAAAAAUGAAUCAUUUUUUACUAGAUAAUUAUUGUUUUUUCCAAAUGUCAAACGGCAGUUUGCCUCAACUGGAUCAUGUCUACACCAUAUGCAGCAUUCUUCCUUUUUUCUCUCUCUCUCUAUAUAUAUAUUUUUUUCCAAAUGUAAAUGGUGUAUUACAUGGACAGGCUCAAUAGGUAACACAUUUAAUUUCAGUUGAAUGGCCCUGCUUCCAUUUGUAACCCAUAAUUGUAUUCAUUGCCAUUUACAUCACAUUCCAUAGCAAUUUGGAAAGAAAAUUGAGCCUGUUUCUUAAUUUCAUAAUGUCAAGGAUGUCCUAAUUCUAACAAUGCCCUUAUGCAGUGAUAUUUGAUGCAUAAUGCUAUUUGGAACAGUUAUUGUAUGAUUGGUAAUCAAUUCGUACAAUAUGUGCCGGUUUCCCAGACACAGAUUAAGCCUACUCCUGGACUAAAAAGCAUUUUCGAUGGAGAAUCUCCAUUGAGCAUACUUUUUAGUCCAGGACUAGGCUUAAUCUGUGUCCGGCAAACUGACCCUCUAGCCCCAUUUAUACCUGGAUCUAACUUGCGUCCUUUGUCCUGAUCUUGUCCACAUUCUGAUUGUGCCCACAUUUUUUAACAGGUGUAGACAAUCAAAAGACACAUUGUUAUCCAAUUGUGAUCAGAUCAUCCUGCCAACCUCUGGAGGCGUUGUGUCUGGAUAUCUUAUAAGUGUAGACAGAUCUGUACAGAGAGACCAUUUAAAUUGUAAAUGUUCCUCUAAAAUCAUUGACCGGUGGCACCAUUGACUGAUUACAUCAAUAUGUGUCUUACAAUAAAUAAAUACAUAUUAUUUUUAAAGAAUAACUGUGAAACAAUUUUCAUAAAGGAAGGGGCCAGGAAAUCUGGUCACAAUGCAGACACAGUGGACGGAUAACAGACACAUUUUAAUACAAUGUGUAGACACAUUUCUGGAAAUGUGGGCACAAUCAGAAUGUAGACAUGAUCAGGACAAAGGACCCAUGUUAGCACAAUGUAUAAACGGGGCUUUUAUGUAAUACCGGCAGAUGUCCACUCUAUAAAAGUGUUAUUUUUGUUGUUUUUGUGACAAGUUUGACCACUCCACCCCAACUGUACAGGGUUAUCAGCUAUGUCACAAACUAAAUAGUAUGCAUGUGAACAGUAGGUCAUCUGUUACAGUGUGGUGUCAUUAUGGUGCUAUCAUCUUGUUAGAAACAUCUCUAAAGAGUAUUACCUAUCCAUGACAACCAUAAGACAACAUGUUUCUUUAUCAUUUUUCAUGUAACAGUUUAAAACAUUUUGUGCAUAUACUUUUUAUAUUUGUCUCACUAUUUUAAGUGUUACAUUAUUUAUUUUUGUAUUUUUCUUAAAGAAGGCAUUUUGGUUUUUAACAGGCAUUCCUUAUAAAAUAGGGGUAGCUUUUGAAGGUCCUGAUAGUGUUUUUUUCAGCUUUUGUCUAUCAUAGUGGUGCAUUGUCAUUGAGAUGUCACACAAGUACAUUAGAUGUGAAGGAAGUUUGUUGUCAUUAUCAUCAAAUUGAUGUAUUGGUCAGGUAUUUACAAUGCUAGUUCACUCCCAAUUUUGCAGGCCUUACCUUGACAUGAAAUUGUAUUCAUAAAAUAAGAAAGUGUUGAUGGGCUUGGCUAAAAUGUCUGUCCCUGACAAGCAGCAUAAAUAUGAUAAUAUUGUUCUUUCUCUAUUUCUCUCUUUGCAUUGAAUGUAGUUUGAAUGUAGUAUGUAUAGUGAAUUAUAAAUGUGGAGUUUAAUAUCUGCUUAUUUGACAAAAGUGCAAUUUAUACUUUGGUUGAUAUGUGCAGCAUCAGAAUGCAGAUUAAUAACAGUUACAGACAAUUAUUAUCAGGACAAUAUGUUAGUCAAUUCCCAUGAAAAGUACCACUACACUGGCUUAGAAAAAAUACAAAUGUUUUGAUUGACAAGUUACAUUUUUAGUUACAAACUUGUAAAUAUAGACUUUCUUGUUAUCCAUAUUUUAAGGCUUGAUUUGAAUUGAUUUAUUGUAGCCUCAAUUGCUGUCCACAAAUCAUUUGCUCUUAAGUUGUUAGUGGUGUGAUAGAAAACAUAUAAUGUGUCUAUGAUUUGGUCUGUCUUUUAUUUAGAACCUUCGUAAGAUUUUGUACUACGAUGGUGCUGUGUCUUCAGUUAACGUGCAGCUGAUUCAUCUUUGUUCAAUCAUAUAUUAUGAAGUUACACACUUACAUUUAAAGGCUGGUAGUGGGUGGUCCCCACAUAGUUGAUACACACUUCUUUAACCCACCAAGUACCAGACACCCACUUUUCAACACCACUUUUUUAUUUAUUUAGUGGCAAAUAUACCAGAGCCCUUUUCUCUGACAUAUAUACUGACAUUUAUUUUAACAUCCUCCUUACACUAUAGCCUAUUUCCCUCAGUGCAGUAAUGCAACUUAAUAGAAGCUGGAAAAGUAAAGAUAUAACUUCAAUUGAACAUAGUGAUCUAAGUAUUCUAAAACGUAAAUGCAAUAGCUAAGUCCAUCUCACAACUUUUGAAUAACUUACAUUUCAUUUCUGUUAUGUGUUUUUUUUCUAUUCUGCAUUUGUAUCACUCAUUUUUUACAAGUUUGCAAAUGAAUACAAUUUGCUAUCAGAUUAUGGAUACUUCUGCACACAUUAUUUCAAAACCAUUUCAUAUGACUGUACUGUUGGAGCCAAAUAAAUGCAGUCUUUCAAAUAAU